GGUGUGUCUGUUCUGUCAGUUCAGAGCUGCUCCUCACACACACACACACACACACUUCACAUACACGCUCUCUUCACACACACUCUUACAUUUACACAGUGCGCUAAAACACACUGAGAGACUGAACUCAGAACAGGAGCUGCGGAGCUGAACUCAGGAUACCCGAACCCCCGCAGAUACAGAGACCCGGACCCGGACCUGCAGCGGCUCUCCCCGGACAGGCUGAUGGGUUUCCCCGCGGUGCUGCUGCUGCUGCUCGGGCUGAUCGCGGCUGCUGAAGCGAGCGGUGAUCACCACGACCACACGCUCCAUGUCUCCGCCCCCCACGCAUCGUACAGCUGCCCCGAGGGGGCUAACGUCACGCUGCUGUGCACCGAUUCUGGAGCUUUGGCCCAACCCAAAGAUCGCGUGCAGCACUUCUGGCUCUACACGCCGCAUGGUGACCAGAGGUGCCACGACCACUCGCACCCGCGCGGACUCAAGAACCCGCAUGGGAACCGCUCGGUGGGCGUGGUCUAUGGAACGCAGGAGAAGACGUUCUUCGUGACGCUGCUGGAUCUAAAGCAGGAGGACCAGGGCCGGUACUGCUGCAUCAGUCUGGAACUGCAGCCCAAGGAGCAUCACAAAGCCAGCCUGCAGCAGACUGCACACAACCACGUCCUGCUGACCAUCACCCCGCGUCGAAAUGAUACAAGGUGCUCAAUGUUCGUGCCUCCUUCACAAAACUCGAUGUUUGCGGUCCUGGUGACGGUAGGGUUUAUUCUGCUGGUUCUGUGUCUGCCUCUGAUUCUGGUUCUGUUGUACCGUCAGCGGCGAGGAUCACACGGGAGCCGGCGUGCGCAUGAACUGGUCCGCAUGGACAGCGAGGCUCAGGGACAUGAGAACCCUGUGUUCAUGGCCGGUACUCCUCAGCCCAAACCUCGGACCCUGUCUCAGAUCCUGACCCGCCAGUCAUCUGAAACGGGGCGUCACCUGCUGUCAGACCCUGGAACCCCCCAAACCCCGAACCCACACGGUGAUGUGUUCUUCCCUGCACAAGAUCCGAUCCCAGAAUCCCCCGACUUCCUGCAGGUGUAGAAUGAAGAAGUCUGUUGGUUGUGUCUCAGCAGUGUGGACCCUCCCCACGCUUUAUCUUUUCUUCUACGCCCACUCUAUCCCUCUCUCUUUCCUUAACCUUUACUCUGUGACUGGUGGAGACACAGGUCCCCCACCUGCAACAACAUCCUGAAGACUCACCUGCUUUAUGCUGGAGGGGAACUGCGGCCGCUGUCUGACGGCACAGACAGACCAGAAUGUUCUAUAAUGGAGGGGUGGAUUUAGGGAAAGAAGGUUUCAAUCAGAGGUCAGACUGUUCUCUUUAAAAGAGAGAGAAGCAGAUUCUCAUUUCCUUCCAGCUCUCUGCUCAAUCUCUGAAACCGCUGGAUGUGUAGAGCAGAGUUUAGGGUUGGAGAAAAUUUUUUAUCCCUAUAUUUUCUCCCCAAUUUACACGGCCAAUAACUGAAUAAGCCACUUAUUAGGACUCCUCCCCAUCACUCGUAACACCCCCCCCAAACACCGGGAAGGUUAAAAAAAAGACUAAGCCACGCCUCCUCUGACACAUGUGAAGUCAGACUCCGCCUCUUUUUGAACUGCUGCUGAUGAUGCUUUAGCAUUGCCGAGUAGCAUCACAGCGCUAACGCUUGGAGGAAAACGCCUACAGCGACUCAACUCGGUUCCGAUACAUCAGAUCAUCGAUAGCCGAUUGAAAGCUGCAUAACCAGGAUUCAAACCCGCGAUCUCCUGAUCAUAGCGCUCGCUGGACCACUCGGAGCCCCAGGAGAGGUUUUUCUGAUCUUUUUCUGAUUUAGAUGUUUAGUGUGUUUAGGAGGCUCUGCUAGUGUACCAUGACUGUAUCUACUUAUCGAACUCGAAAUAUAUCAAAAAUAUCGAAAAACUAAAAAUGAUACAUACAGACAUUACACAGAAGUACACAGAUAUACCAAAAGUCAUGGAACAGGCUCAGGAACCUCACGCCCCGCCCCUCUCACACCUCACACCCCGCCCCUCUCACACCUCACACCCCGCCCCUCUCACACCUCACGCCCCGCACUCUCACACCUCACGUCCCGCCCUCUCACACCUCACGCCCCGCCCCUCUCACACCUCACGCCCCGCCCCUCUCACACCUCACGCCCCGCCCUCUCAUACCUCACGCCCCGCCCUCUCACACCUCACGCCCCACCCCUCUCACGCCCCAAACUCAGAGCUUCAGUAAUAAUAAAGAAAUAAUAAGAAAUGCUUCAGCAGACAGACAGUUUUAGGUGCUUCAGUGUUCAGUAGCACGGGCAGGUGAUGCUCGGUCACUCUGUCGUUUUAAUGCAGUUUUACCUCCAGUUGCAGAUAACUUGCACAUGACCUGCAAAGAUCCACCACUUUUAGAUUUAAGAUACUCGAAAUAUAUAUAUAAAUAUGAUUUUGUAAAUGUUUUAUACUGUAUUUGUACAAAGGCAAGAUGCGUUUCAUUUUUUCAAUGGAUGUAUGUGUUUGGUUGUGUGUGAAUGAGUGUGUGUGUGUGAGUGUGUGAGAGAGAGACAGCUGCAGCUGUUAUUGAAGAGAGUCUUCACUGGGCAGAUUGAUGUUUAGAAGCUUGUAUUUGUGGAUGUGUGAAUAACUGGAUGCUCUGAUGGAUAAAUGUUUUGUAAGAUGAGGGUUUUGAGUUUUUUUGCUGGUAACUGAUUUGCUGGUUACUGAAGCACACACUCAUCAUUAUUUUUCACUGCCAUAUUUUAUAUCAUUGUUCAUAAUUCAUGUUUUUCUUAUAUAAUCAGAAGAGUCUGUAUGAUAAAAAAACAAGCCAUGAAUAUCGGUGCUAAACUGCUAUUUAUACCUAAAACUGAUCUAUUCAGAUGCUGUUAAUGCUGCCAACCAAUAUAUCAGUCGGGCCCUACUGUGUGUGUGUGUGUGUGUGUGUGUGUGUGUGUGUGUGUGUGUGUGUGUGUGUAUUUGUGUGCAAUUCCUUACCAGAUUUUGUGUAAACAAAUGCUGUAAAAAUAUAUACAAAUAUCUUUUUGUCGUUUAUUUUGUACAAUAAAAUUCUUAUCAAAGGAC